AUGCCAAGGAACAUCUCGACCGUACAAAAGACCAAGAAGGCUCCAGCGGUGUCAAAAAAGACGACUACGAAGAAAGGCAAAUCCUCCAACUAUAACGCCUACAUGAACACUGCCCUCUCAGAGCUCAAAAAGGCAGACCCGGCGUUGAAGCACAACGACGCGUUUAAAAAGGCGAUGGAAAUGUGGAAGGCGGAACAGAAGGGCAAGGCGGCGAAAUGA